GCUACACCGCAUAUCAACAACCGGAAGUAGUAUUUGUAAACACGCCAAAUAAUAAAAAAAAUAUUUAUUGAUGAACAUCAUGACCUAAAGUUAUUGAUCAAACAUGUCUGCUAAAAAAAGAAGGAUCGCUCUUAUGGGCUUCAGAUCUGUCGGUAAAUCGAGUCUCACCAUACAGUUUGUAGAAAAUCAGUUUGUGGAUUCCUAUGAUCCAACUAUAGAAAACACAUUUCAGAAAACGCUAAAGAUUAAUGGUCAAGAAUAUGCCUUACAGCUUGUAGAUACAGCAGGCCAGGAUGAGUACUCUAUACUACCUCAGUCAUAUUUCAUGAAUAUUGAUGGUUAUAUUCUUGUCUACUCAGUCAACUCAAUAAAAAGUUUUGAAGUGAUAAAGUUUGUGUAUGACAAGCUGCUAGAUCAGAUUGGUACCAUGGGUAGUAUACCAGUGGUUCUGGUAGGAAAUAAAAGUGAUCUGGAAAUGGAAAGGGUAGUAUCUCGUGAGGAGGGUAAGAAGGUGGCUGAUGAUUGGAAGAUUCCUUUCUUAGAGGCUACAGCCACAGAAAAUCAGAGUGUCAAGAGAGUGUUCGAGAAAAUAGUGAAUACAAUAGAGAAGGCUUCUGGCAAUGUGCCAGAAAAGAAUGGAUGCAUCUUAUCAUAGAAACACAGCUAUAAUACAGACUGGUCAAUAAGAAGAAUUGAAACAUAUUGUUACCAUGUGUUAUCUCAGUUUAUUGAUAUUUGUUUAACUGUUAAUUUAUACAUUUAACCAAAAGGAUUUACUUGAUAAUGACUUUUGAUUUAUUUGAAGGAGUGUGCUUGGUUCACAUUAUUUUGUAAAAGUGUCACUCACCUUAAAAGAUUUCUUGACAAUACAAAAUUAAUUGUAUUUAUUUUAUGCAUGUACGUUUUUCUUAAGAAAUCAGUUUUUGAGCUGAAAAUGAUGAGAAACGUUUUAAAUUCUCAAAUAUUCCAAUUCACUUUUUUUUUUCAGUGUCAGAAUGCAAAUAUUUACAGUUUGAAACUCUGUUUCCUUUGAGUAAUCUAUAUAUGAUGGUUGCAUUCCAAUUCCCAUGUAAUUUCUGUUGAGCCAAAAUGCAGACAUUCAAGAGAGCACAAAUUGUGCUUGAUGUUCAAACUGAAACUGUUACCUGAUUCACAUCAUCAUUGGAGAUCCGUACAUUUUGCUGAGCUGGAUGGUGCCCAUUAAAGUGCAUGUUAGAAUGUUCUCUCUUCCAGCAGCCACAUUUAAUACUGAGGUUUCAGGGAUUUGUAACUCCCAAAGUAUGCAACAUUUGAACACAUUAAAAUUUAAACAAGGUGAAAAUAAAGUAGAAAAUGCAAGACUAUAAGUAUAAGACGUAAAUCAGGACUUGAUAAUUUCAUCGAAACUGCAAUUUAAAUUAUGGGAAUUGUUGUAUGGAAACAGCUUUAAACUGUUCAAAGUGAUCUGACCUAGAAGUAUUUUGGACAUCAGAUAUUUGUUGAACACGUAAGAUUUAGAAUGUGAAUCAUUAGUCUUAAGUUAAAACUUAUGAAACAUAUCUUUAAUAAGCUGUUGAUUUCAUUUUUUUUAGCUCACAUGUCACAUAGUGACAGUGUGAGCUUUUGUGAUCGCGCAGCGUCCGUCGUCCGUGCGUCCGUCCGUGCGUUCGUCCGUGCGUAAACUUUUGAGGUCACAUUUUUCAUGGGAUCUUUAUGAAAAUUGGUCAGAAUGUUCAUCUUGAUGAUAUCUAGGUCAGAUUCGAAACUGGGUCAUGUGCGGUCAAAAACUAGGUCAGUAGGUCUAAAAAUAGAAAAACCUUGUGACCUCUCUAGAGGCCAUAUUUUUCACAAGAUCUUCAUAAAAAUUGGUCAGAAUGUUCACCUUGAUGAUGUCUAGAUCAAGUUCGAAACUGGAUCACGUGCCUUCAAAAACUAGGUCAGUAGGUCAAAUAAUAGAAAAACCUUGUGACCUCUCUAGAGGCCAUAUUUUUCAUGGGAUCUUCAUGAAAAUUGGUCAGAAUGUUCACCUUGAUGAUGUCUAGAUCAAAUUCGAAACUGGAUCACGUGCCUUCAAAAAACUAGGUCAGUAGGUCAAAUAAUAGAAAAACCUUGUGACCUCUCUAGAGGCCAUAUUUUUCAUGGGAUCUGUAUGAAAAUUGGUCUGAAUGUUCAUCUUGAUGAUAUCUAGGUCAGGUUUGAAACUGGGUCAGCUGCGGUCAAAAACUAGGUCAUUUGGUCUAAAAAUAGAAAAACCUUGUGACCUCUCUAGAGGUCAUACUCUUGAAUGGAUCUUCAUGAAAAUUGGUCAGAAUGUUCACCUUGAUGAUAUCUAGGUCAAGUUCGAAACUGGGUCACGUGCCUUCAAUAACUAGGUCAGUAGGUCAAAUAAUGAAAAAACCUUGUGACCUCUCUAGAGGCCAUAUUUUUCAUGGGAUCUGUAUGAAGGUUGGUCUGAAUUUUUUAUCUUGAUGAUAUCUAGGCCAAGUUCGAAACUGGGUCAACUGUGGUUAAAAACUAGGUCAGUAGGUCUAAAAAUAGAAAAACCUUGUGACCUCUCUAGAAGCCAUAUUUUUGACAAGAUCUUCAUGAAAAUUGGUCAGAAUGUUCAUCUUGAUGAUAUCUAGGUCAAGUUUGAAACUGGGUCACAUGCCAUCAAUAACUAGGUCAGUAGGUCAAAUAAUGAAAAAACCUUGUGACCUCUCUAGAGGCCAUAUUUUUCAUGGGAUCUGUAUGAAAGUUGGUCUGAAUGUUCUUGAUGAUAUCUAGGUCAGGUUCAAAACUGGGUCACAUGAGCUCAAAAACUAGGUCACUAUGUCAAAUAAUAGAAAAAAAACGACGUCAUACUAGGUUCAAAACUGGGUCAUGUUGGGACAGGUGAGCGAUUCAGGACCAUCAUGGUCCUCUUGUUUUAGUCAUAAUUCAAUUUUACCAUUAUUUUUUCAAACACUUAAAAUCAUAUAGUCCAGUAUUGUCACUUUUGCCAGUACUUAAGUUUAUGUGAGUUUUCUUAUUAUUCAGGACAGCUGUUUAUAAACAAGAAAAUGUUAUAUUCAAUAUUAAGUUGUUUUCUUUAAGCUUUUUUUUGUGUGUUAACAAGCUUUUCAUCACAGACAUCAUUUUGAGUCACGUUUGUUUUGGCAAUAAUUAUUUCACAUGCAAGUUAUCACUUGUUCUAUAUCUGUAUAUCACAAUUAAAUUUGGAUUUAAGCUGAUAUGAAAAAUACAAUUUCUAACUCCAUUUUUAAUACAUUUUUUUGUAACGAUAUGGAAAAAGCAGAAGCUUUCAAACCAAAACAUUUUGAAAAUAGAUAAAGUCGCUCAUAGAUUGUGUUUGUAAAUUUAAAGUAGAACUUUGGUUUAAGUUACGGUCAUAAAGCAAACAGUAAGAUAUUUAUAGGAUCUUUUGUCAAUUAAGCACACACUGCUUACACUUGCCACUUCAUUUUGUUUGUAUGCAUUUUUUUAAGGAAGGUUUUUACUUUUUAAAGGCUAUUGUUCUUUGCUUUUUUGUUUCUAAGAUUCCUCCUAACAAAACGAAAAGUAAUUAACUUCGUUCAGGAAGUUUAAAAAAUAGUUGAAUUUCAGGAUUUAUUGAAGGGUAACACAGAAAAAACAAGUAUUUUUGCCUUCUAGAUUUUUUAUUAGAUCACAUUAGAGGGCAAAUUAUGUGAAAAUAUCAAAUCUUUAUAAGAAAUAGUUAAAGUUGCAGUCUAGAAUGGAGUGUUUCAUUGUAAAUUAUGAUCUCUGCUUAUGUCAACAAAUAUAGAAUAAAGUCCAUUCAGUUUGUCAUUGCUGUAAAACUGAAACAAGCAGUUUUCUCUCAGCCAAAAAUCUGGUUUUGUUGUCACUUGAUCGUCGGCCUCAGUGUUGGUUAAAAUUUUUGUUUAGGUCCACUUUUUCUCAAAAACUAGAAGAGCUACAGCUUUGAAACUUUGCACACUUGUUUAUAAUCAUCAUAAGAGGACUGUGUAGACCAACUAACAUACUUCUAUUAAACCUGCAUUUUGCCAGAAUUUUGGCCCUUUUUGUACAGAAAAUCUGAACUAUAGCUCUUUUCUUACAUAUUGUCAAGCACUUGCAGACGAGCGAUUGUAUCGGCAGGCGAUGCUCUUGUUCUUUUUCAGUUGUAUUGUGGUCAGACAGAUAAAUACAGAAUAUUUUACUGAGGAAAACUGUACUGUUUUUUGUCACACAGUUUAAAUAUAUGUGUACAUAUAAAGCUUGUUAUAUGAUUUUAUACAGAGUAAACAUGUUCUAAUGAAAUAAUUUUACACAAAACACAUUGUUAUGGAACCUUAUGUGUAGUACUGCUUAUACACAUCAACAUAUUGAUUUUAUGUUUGUAUAAAUUAUAUGUAGAAAUGGUCCGUAUUUUCAAAUGUGGAGUUUGGGUCUUGUAUACUUUGAUUUUUUUAAUAUUUGUAGAUAUUUUGAAUACCUGAUAAGAGUUUCUGAAUGUUUUUUUUGUCUUACCUUUUAUUUGAUAUAUGACACAAGCAAAUUGUUAAAAAUAACCAUUUAAAAGUUUAGUUAGAUUGAAGCUAAAUUUGUAAAAGUCAGGGUAUUCUUAAGGGAGUUUUCACAUCUUUUGGCCAUUUUGAUUUUAAUCUUUCAUUUUACAUAUUUUUUAAAUUAAUUUUCAAUUCAUUUAAUGAAAUCUAGUCAUUUUUUGGUUAAUGGAACAGUAUAAAUAAAUUCAGUUAAUUUCAGUGGAUUUUCAAUGUAAUUUAAUGAUUUUUUAAUUUACUUUCUGUCUUCCUUCCAUUGAAAAUUAUUUGGAAAAAAAUCUGAGAAACAAAAAAUAAAAAAAACUCUGACCCUAUGUAUUGAAUAUACACUGUGAUCUUGAUCUAAAUCAGUUGCUUUAUUGUGUUGGAAUGUGUGUUGUUUUGAGUGCUGAUUUAUUUAUUCAGACACAUUAUGCAUGAGCUCAAAAUGAAUCUAAGGACGUUUCCAGUCUGUGUAUUCGGUUGCUUGUCAAUACUGCAUGUACACCUAGUCUAGGGCUUAUCACUUUUAUUUUCUCAUUAUAAUACAAGACAGUGGGUGUGAAAUCCGUCAUUGUAUAAGGUUGUUUAUUUUUUUACACCCCCUCCCGCAUUAGAUGUAUGCAAGAAGUCUCUGAAAUGGAGUAAAAAUGUUUUCCAUAAUAUAUUUUACUGUUGCAUUGAAAUCAAUGGCAGAGUUUGUCAAAUUUUGUAGAUAUUGCUAAAAAUGAUGCAGCCCCAUGUGGUUCUGGGAUGAUCUGUGUAUGAAAAGAAUUGGAACCACUGCCUUACCCUUGCAUGAUCGUAAGAGGCGACUAAUAGGGUCUUAACACUUGGUUUUGAUUCCAGCAGGUAUGCAAAUUUUGAUUCCUCAUGUUUUUAUUUCAAUGUAAAUGAGAUAUGAAACCAAAAUUUGUAGUCCUGUUUGGCGCCAUAUAACCUAUACUGUGUUGGUGCGCCGUAAAACCGAAAUAAAAAAUAAAAUAAAAAUGAAGCAAACAUUUACAUUAAUUUAUUAGAUUAAUGAUUUUGAUAUGUCCAAGUGAUGUAGUUUUAAAUGAAAUUGCUCAUUUGAGUGUAAAUAUACAAAUUUGCCCAAAUGUAGUAAUACAGAAUUUAUUUUUUUGAUGACUAAUAUUAAAGUUAACAUCCUUUGGUAUUGUACGAUGCAUGUUGAAGAAUGUUUAGUGAAGAUUUCCUCUUGUGUGAAUUGUUAUUAUAGAUGAAGGAUGUUUUUCUGUUGUUAGCUCAUCUGAUUUUUUGAAAAAAAAUGAUGGGUUAUUGUCAUCACUUGAGCGGUUGUCGGCGUCGGCGUCGGCGUUGCCUAGUUAAGUUUUAUGUUUAGGUCAGCUUUUCUCCUAAACUAUCAAAGCUAUUACUUUGAAACUUGGAAUACUUGUUCACCAUCAUAAGCUGACCCUGUAUAGCAAGAAACAUAACUCCAUCUUGCUUUUUGCAAGAUUUAUGGCCCCUUUUGUACUUAGAAAAUAUCAGAUUUCUAGGUUAAGUUUUAUGUUUAGGUCAACUUUUCUCCUAAACUAUCAAAGCUAUUGCUUUGAAACUUGGAAUACUUGUUCACCAUCAUAAGCAGACCCUGUACAUCAAGAAACAUAACUCCAUCUUGCUUUUUGCAAGAUUUAUUGCCCCUUUUGGACUUAGAAAAUCAGUUUUCUUGGUUAAGUUUUAUGUUUAGGUCAGCUUUUAUCCUAAACUAUCAAAGCUAUUGCUUUAAAACUUGCAACACUUGUUCACCAUCAUAAGUUGACCCUGUAUAGCAAGAAACAUAACUCCGUCCUGCUUUUUGCAAGAUUUAUGGCCCCUUUUGGACUUAGAAAAUAUCAGUUUUCUUGGUUAAGUUUUAUGUUUAGGUCAACUUUUUCUCUUAAACUAUCAAAGCUAUUGCUUUGAAACUUGCAACACUUGUUCACCAUCAUAAGCUGACCCUGUACAGCAAGCAACAUAACUCCAUCCUGCUUUUUGCAAUAAUUAUUGCCCCUUUUGGACUUAGAAAAUCAUUUUCUUGGUUGAGUAUUAUGUUUAAGUCAACUUUUCUCAUAAACUAUCAAAGCUAUUGCUUUAAAACUUGCAACAGUUUUUCACCAUCAUAAGUGGACACUGUACAUCAAGAAACAUAACUCUAUCCUGCUUUUUGCAAGAAUGAUGGCCCUUUUUAGACUUAGAAAAUCAUGGGUAGGACAAUAUUUCUAUUACACAAAAAAAAUCAGAUGAGCGUCAGCACCCGCAAGGCGGUGCUCUUGUUUUAAAUGUUGUUGUCUGCUAUAUAUAAUUGUUGAUUACCAGCAGUUCAUCGUCUUUGUGUAACAGAAUGUCAGAACAAUGUUAAAGUGUCAGUAUGUCGGAAUAAUGUUAAGUUCUCAUGAAUGUCGGAAAUAAUAUUAAGUUUUCUUGAAUGUCAAAAUGAUGUUGAGCUAUCAUUUCUGUAACAUUGUCAUAGCACUUGAACACCAUGUACAUUAUGCUUGUUUAAUAAUGCUAUAACAAUCCAUUACACAGUCAUGUAUCCAUGUUGCUGUUAUCUAUUACAAAUA